AAAGGAAGCCUUAUUAGCAACAUUGUACAUACUGAAAGUACAUCAGUCUAUUUAGAUCUCAAAGGUCACCAUACAGAAACUACAUACAAGCUCUCACUGCACUGUGUUUAUCUAGACAUUUCGAAGUCUUUAGCAGCAGCCGGAGCAGGAACGAAUCAACAAUCAAGCUAUAUUAUAGCAGGGUACGGUCAAGAGAUUUUAUUAAUCGAAGUCUAGCAGCAGGAUCUAGGACAAGACAAUCAAGCUAGCAAGGAUCAAGGGAUAAUAUAAAUAGUCUCGUACCCAGCCUCUUCAUUUGCCACACUAUCAAGGGCUAGGGAUCAUCAGUCAGAUAUCGUGUAUAAUGGCGUCCAUCCCCCUCACCAACAAGAGUGGCGUGAGGACUAGCACACCAUCUCUCAAGAAGACUACACAACUCUACAAGGCACAGUUGCUACGCCUAGAGGCAAAACACGAACAGCUGAUACAGAAACGAGAGAGCGUUAAUAACCGAGGCUUUGUCAUUUUGGACGAGAAUAAAACCGCUUCGUCACGUCCGUCACGGCACACCGUAGCGUCUCCAUCGAGAAGGGGGGGUGCUCCUGUUGUUAGGACCAUCGAGGCGAGUGUACAAGUGGAGAGAACAUCUCAAUUAAAGGAACCCAAGACGGAAAAAUCGAAAUCUCAGCAAACACUCGUUGAGCAAACGGAAGGAUAUCAUUCUGAUGUUAACUCGUUAAUUUCCACGGCUACAAGUAUCCUAAUUGAAUCGGUCGAAUUGCGAUUAGGUUUUCUACGAGAUAUAAUUUCUAAACUGAACACUCUUUAUCACGAAGCCCCUAAACUGCCCACCCCUCCCGAGUUAGGUUACCAACGUUACGAUGAAUGGGUCGGAUCUAAUCAGCGACUAUUGGAGCUAAACGCACAGCUGUACGAUAUCGAGAGGCUCAAGUUUGAGUUGAAACAGAAGAAAUCGGCAGCUCAGAAAGUCAAAAAGAGCAAAGUAGGAGGAGAGGACUCUGACCUUGCAGGCGGUCUGUUCCUGAAGAGCAGCGUGGAACGUAUCCAAUCGCUCAUGUCCCGGUUCUCGUUCCAGAUUCCUCUCCAAGACAGGACGGCCACCUACCUUCAGGAGCUGCUCAAUCCUCGGGGGGACAAGACGACACUAGAGGCUCAGAAGAUACAGGAGUAUGUGAGGGUGUGUCUAUCCAAUAUAGACACACCCACUGAUACCGUGAUUGGAGCCCACCCUCAGUCCUACCAACAGUUUAUGGCGGUCCUCUGUAGCUAUAUAGUGGAGAAGCAACGGGAGGUGCAGGGAGAGCAGCUGCCUCACGCCCUCGUCUUUAGCACAGUCGAGCGUCACCUGAUGCCCCAGAUCCUCCCUGCUGUCAUACGCCACGUUACCGCGGGAGAAAGAGACGCUAUCAUAGAGAAACAGUGUGAUCGAUAUUCAACGGUUACGCUGAGUCAACUAAAGAUCAACGCAAAAUUGCAUAGCAACGAAUUAAUCCCAUUCUUUGAGUCCAUCACACAACUGAGGGCCUCCUAUUUCUCCCCCACACCCACUGACAAGAUGUACGCAGUGGUGGCCGCUGCUAAGGCUCUAUACGAGCGCCUGGGGGCAAUGGGUGAGUCCUCUAUUGAUGGAGACAGCUUCCUGGACCUGUGGGUCUACGUCAUACUCAGGGCAAAGGUCAAGGACCUGGCGACCAACCUCCAUUUCAUGGUUGAGUAUGGUAACCCCACGCUAGCUCUGGACGAGGCUGGCUAUUAUCUCACUUGUCUAGAGGCAGCGGUCACCUUCAUCGAGAGUCUAGAGCCGCAGCAGCUGGACAUCACUGGAGUGGAAACAGAUUAUGUGGUGUGUGAGUGCUCCAAGUUUCAAGAGUUGUCUGCUCAUCCCUCAGCUAGUUUUCAGGUUCUCAACGCCAGAGCCGAGUUGCUAGGUUACCGUGUGGGUGUGGUCAAAGACUGGGCCCUCAACAAAUCAAAACUGGUGAGUGCAGUUCUGAUAGCCACCGGAGAUUCUACUGAUGUGGCCAUCGUCUCUGUCAUCAGGUUUUCUCUGGACUACUCGAGUGUCCCAUGCACUGAGUACCUGACUGAUGCCCUGAGGGAAGUAUCCCUCAACGGACUCUCCUGUUCCGCUACUCCACUGGGACUGGCUGUCAUCGCUGACACAGCGGACAUGAACCCCCACAGCCUCCUGGUACUGCCCACUGGUGACUACGAUGCACACCAAGCUCAACUCAUGCACGUACUCCAACUGAUACGACUGGGCAGCAAAGAACGAGAAGACAUUAGCCUCGCACCCGCACCUAGUAUGGUUUUAUCACAGUCAGUUGAAAAUGGCUUCCUAUACGUGGCCACACCGAACGCAACAACUUUGCCAAUGGCCAUUAGAAAAAAUCGAUCCCGAGUAAAUUCCGAUGGAUCUUGGUUGAGCCUGUCUACCAAUCGCUCUGGUUACAGCGACGACAGAAGAGCGGCUUCUUUCACGGAGAGCACAGCGUAUAAUGCAUCUCCAUAUCUAGUAGGCAUGGAGUCUGAAGUGAGCUUGCAUACGCUGCCAUUUAGCUCACCUGAUAAGCAACACAAAGCUGGAGGGAAACAGCAAACUCCCGGAUGGUUUGGACGAAAAUUCAAAAGCCGAAAGGACAAAUCUCGCGAUCAUGUUUGGCACUCCACGAGUGAUGAUCGACAUCGAGAUAUGCGCUCACAGUAUCCUGACUCGAACGGGGAGAUUACUAGAGAGUAUCCAAGCUCUAGGACCAAGUAUACUGUUUCUGGAGGACGUGAUGGAUACUCCUCUCUACCUUCCGUUGAAAAUUCACCAGCCCAUCAAAAUAGCCGAAAUGUACAAACUGUUGAGGUCGAAGUUCACGAAUCGAUUCAUCAGUCACACACCCUGGACAGCGUUGUCAUCGGUAACCCGAAUAAUUCUAUUCAAAACGGACUAUUCGAUAGUUCGAUUGAACUCAACAAGUCUCAAAAGCAAAGUUCCACUCAGAAACCACCUGCUUCACUUGACGUAGUGCAUGCUUCAUUGCACCCUGGUAGUGGAAAUUCAGCAGGGAAUGAAUUAUCGAAAAAUGAGAACGGAGAAAUUGAAUUUGGAACGAGUCCAACAAUUAGCUUAUCCAGUCAACGAUCUGUCUCGCUAGCUGAGGAUCCUUUUUUGACGAUUUCUGCUCAAUUUUUCUCGGAGGAGAAUGUUCGAUUUCUGGAGGGCAAUUUUCUACUGAAUCACAUGGUGUCUGGUGACUAUGAUGCUGUGAGGGAGUCCAUGACAACCAUUAUCAGACAAGCACAGCUGUUCCUCCAACGCCUCAACUAUCUGAGCAGUAGCCAUCGAUUGGACGGACUCUACUCUGACUCCACCCUCUCCUCGGUCCAACGGUUCCAGAGGUCCCACAACACUCAUCGGAGCACCCCCCUCCUCACACUCCCGGAGAAUGGUCUCCUCACACCUCCCACAAUGCAGUACCUGAGACAAGCACUCCUCACACUCUACGCUAACAUGAUCAGACUUGGCUUUGAUAAGCACCUCGGAGUGAACUUUGACCCCACCUCAACUGACGUCAGAUAUGUGGAUCUAUUCAAAAAGUGUGUACAGAAGUUCCAAGAAUCAAACAAUCUGAUUGGACGCUGUCAGCUAGGAGUAUUAUGUAGUAACACUGUUAAUAAGAUGAGACAUGUUUUGAGAACAGAUAAAAACUUCACUAGAUAGUUUAGAGAUCACUUGUAAUACUCGAAUACAUCGCUUUUGUGUCUUUAAAAAAUUAAUAUGAAUCGAUGUUGGAAUAAU